CCACUCUUUUCUUCUGUCCCUCACUCCUGAGUCCUGCUCAAUCACACGCAGACUUUCUCUAUAAAACAGUCACAGUCUCACAUACAAGACACUGAAGACAAAGGAAUCAAAGAUCAGCUUCCAUAAGGCUUUUCACUCACACACUCCUUCUGUGGAGUGGCAGAAGGUUGUGAUAAAGGAUGACCGGCACAAUGCAUCUCCUCACGACCGUUUCUCUGAUCUUUACUCUCAGCUCAGCAAGCGCAGAAUCAACCGUGUAUAACCUCUUAACGUCACCGGACUGCCUACCGGAUCUACUGCACGGAGGUUUGGCAGAGCAGGGAGUAACAGAACUCUAUAUUCUCACAACGUUCCGUCUCCAGCCUCGAACUGGAAACACCAUAUUCAGCUUGUACAAUCCACGAGACAACAGCAAGUACUUUGAGUUUUCUGUGCUUGGGAAAAUCAACAAAGCUACUUUACGAUACCUGCGCAGAGAUGGUAGGAUGAGUACCGUUACCUUCAACAACCUGAAACUGGCUGAUGGUGAGAAGCAUCGGCUGCUCUUCCAUUUGAAGGGACUGGAGGUGGGCCAACCAGGGGGCUUCCCGCACAACCAGGGGGUGUUACCGGUGCCCGGGGUGGAGCUCCACCUGGACUGCAGGCUGGUAGAGACGCUGAGAGAUUUACCAGCUGUGUUUAAUGGCCUAAACGAUCACCAGGGAGUGGAGCUCAGAACUAUGCAGGGGAAACCACAAGAGGAGUUGGAGGAGCUCAAACUUGCAUAUGGUGAUUCAAUGGAAAAUGUUGCAUCGCUGCAGGACUGCCACACUCAUCAGAGCGACUCUGUACAGACCUUAGGGCUUAACACGAAACAGCUUACAAAUCAGAUGCUGGAGCUGACAAAGGUCAUUAAUGAGCUGAAAGAUGUUCUUAUUCAGCAGGUGAAGGAAACCUCUUUCCUCAGAAACACCAUUGCUGAGUGCCAAGUCUGUGGGCUGGGUGGAACGGAGGUGGUGAAACCAAAAUGCACUCCUGGAGUAUGUUUCCGUGAUGACAUGUGUAUAGAAACAGAAAAUGGGGUGGAGUGCGGUCCAUGUCCUGAUGGAUACACUGGAGAUGGAUAUAGCUGUGAUGAUGUUGAUGAGUGCCAGUUUAAUCCCUGCUUCCCUGGCGUGAGGUGUGUGAACAUGGCUCCAGGUUUCCGCUGUGAGGCAUGUCCUCUUGGAUUCACUGGAAAACCACUGGAGGGUGUUGGCGUGGCCUAUGCACAAACGCACAAGCAGGUGUGUGAUGAUAUCGAUGAGUGUAAAGGACCAAAUAAUGGAGGAUGCGCCACUAACUCCAUCUGUGUGAAUUCUGUGGGAUCAUAUCAAUGUGGCCGAUGUAAGACAGGAUUUACAGGUGACCAGAUCAGAGGUUGUAAGCCAGAGAAAAGCUGUGGAAACCGCCUACAGAACCCUUGUGACCCCAAUGCACAGUGCAUAGAGGAAAGGGAUGGCACCAUCACAUGCCAGUGUGGCAUUGGAUGGGCUGGAAAUGGUUAUCUCUGCGGUAAAGACACUGACAUCGAUGGGUACCCUGAUGAGAAGCUGCGCUGCCGAGACCCAACCUGCAGAAAGGAUAACUGUGUUACCGUUCCAAACUCGGGACAAGAGGAUGCAGAUGGUGACGGGAAAGGCGAUGCAUGUGACCCAGAUGCAGAUGGAGAUGGAAUACUGAAUGAGCAGGAUAACUGCUGGUUGACACCAAAUAUAAACCAACGUAACAGUGAUAAGGACAGCCAUGGCGAUGCAUGUGACAACUGUAUCCGAGUGGAUAACCCAGACCAGAGAGACACAGAUUCUGAUGGCCUCGGAGAUGCAUGUGAUGAUGACAUGGAUGGAGAUGGGCUGAAAAACUUCCUUGAUAACUGCCAGCGAGUGAAAAAUCGUGACCAGCUGGAUCGUGAUGGGGAUGGAGUGGGAGAUGCAUGUGAUAGCUGUCCUGACAUCCCAAAUCCAAAUCAGGUACAUUAUUUGCAGAUAUAUAUUCUUCAGAUUCUGUACUUUUGUACUAUAAUAAAUAUUUAUUACUCUUCCCAGUCUGACAUUGACAAUGAUCUUGUUGGAGAUUCUUGCGACACAAAUCAAGAUAGUGAUGGUGAUGGUCACCAAGAUAGCAAAGACAACUGCCCGCUGGUAAUUAACAGCUCCCAGCUGGACACAGAUAAAGACGGACUGGGAGAUGAAUGUGACGAUGAUGAUGAUAAUGAUGGUAUUCCCGACACACUGCCUCCUGGACCAGAUAACUGCCGCUUGGUGCCCAACUCUGACCAAAUAGAUGACAACAAUGAUGGAGUAGGCGACAUAUGCGAAUCAGACUUUGACCAAGACAAGGUGAUUGACAGGAUCGAUAACUGCCCAGAAAAUGCAGAGAUCACACUGACAGACUUCAGAGCCUAUCAGACGGUUGUACUGGACCCAGAGGGUGAUGCUCAGAUUGACCCCAACUGGGUGGUUCUUAACCAGGGAAUGGAGAUUGUCCAGACUAUGAAUAGUGACCCUGGCCUUGCUGUUGGUUACACUGCAUUCAGCGGUGUGGAUUUUGAGGGAACCUUCCACGUGAAUACGGUGACUGAUGACGACUAUGCCGGCUUCAUCUUUGGCUACCAAGACUCUUCCAGUUUCUACGUGGUGAUGUGGAAGCAAACGGAGCAGACAUACUGGCAGGCCACACCCUUCAGAGCUGUAGCUGAACCUGGAAUUCAGCUGAAGGCAGUAAAGUCCAAGACUGGUCCAGGUGAGCAUUUGAGGAACUCUCUCUGGCACACAGGUGACACUAAUGAUCAGGUACGUCUCCUUUGGAAGGAUCCAAGGAACGUUGGUUGGAAGGAUAAGGUAUCAUACCGCUGGUACCUGCAACAUCGCCCACAAGUCGGAUACAUCAGGGUUCGUUUCUAUGAGGGAUCAGAGCUGGUGGCAGAUUCUGGAGUGACAAUUGAUACCACAAUGAGAGGAGGAAGACUGGGAGUGUUCUGCUUCUCUCAAGAGAACAUCAUCUGGUCAAACUUGAAGUACCGCUGCAAUGACACCAUUCCUGAGGACUUCCAGGAGUUCAGUACACAACAUGGCAUGGAUCCCCUGUAAAUAAUACCCAUAAUGCUAUGUUUAUACCACCACACCAUUUCGCACAGUCCUAUGUGUGUCUCUGAAAGUGUGAAACACUUUUGUACACAAUGUGUGUGUGUAGAAAUGGAAUACGUGUAUACACAAUGUGUAUGCCAUUUUUUAUUUUAAAUCAACCUUUUUACUCUUGUCGAAAAACUUCAUAUAACAUUUAGAAAAGAGACGAACAGUAUUUUCUGUUAUCAGUCAUUUAAAAGUUAAAAUUAUUAGCUACCUGUCCAGAAUGGAGGUAGAUUUGCACCAAGUCAUUGUAAAGAGAACAUUUACAAGAAAGGAGGAAACAUAAUAAACCUUUUUGGAGUCUUUCAUUCCUAUUUGGCACCAAUAAAAGAAUCAUUUCAAGACA